AUGAAGGACUGUGAACGUUUCUGCCCCAACAAUCACAACAGUUCCCACAACUACAACUUCCCCUACAACAACCUCAACGACUCCCACUACAACAACCACAACUUCUCCUACAACAACCUCAACAACUCUUACAACAACCUCAACAACUCCCACCACUACAAGCACAACUUCCCCUACAACAACCUCAACAACUCCUACGACAACAACUACAACUUCUCCUACAACAACCUCAACAACUCCCACUACUACAAGCACAACUUCCCCUACAACAACCUCAACAACUCCUACUACUACAACGACAACUCCCCCUACAACAACCUCAACAACUCCUACAACAACCUCAACAACUCCCACUACUACAACCACUAUUUCCCCUACCACAACUUCAACAACUCCUACUACUACAACCACUACUUCCCCUACAACAACCUCAACAACUCCCACUACUACAACCACUACUUCCCCUACCACAACUUCAACAACUCCUACUACUACAACCACAACGUCCCCAACAACAACCUCAACAACUCCUACAACAACAACUUCCCCUACCACAACCUCAACAACUCCUACUACUACAACCACAACCACAACUUCCUCUACAACAACCUCAACAACUCCCACUACUACAACCACUACUUCCCCUACCACAACUUCAACAACUCCUACUACUACAACCACAACUCCCCCUACAACAACCUCAACAACUCCCACUACUACAACCACUCCACAACUCCCACAACAACAACUACAACUUCUCCUACAACAACCUCAACAACUCCCACUACUACAAGCACAACUUCCCCUACAACAACCUCAACAACUCCCACUACUACAACCACUACUUCCCCUACCACAACUUCAACAACUCCUACUACUACAACCACAACUUCCCCAACCACAACCUCAACAACUCCCACGACAACAACUACAACUUCUCCUACAACAACCUCAACAACUCCCACGACAACAACCACAACUUCCCCUACCACAACUUCAACAACUCCUACUACUACAACAACAACUUCCCCUACAACAACCUCCACAACUUCCACUACUACAACCACAACAAAGAAACCUCCCUGUAAUCGAGAUUCCACCAAUAGCCAAGGGAACAACAACUGUGGAAAUGGGAAUCAAAACAACAAUCAAAACAGCGAUCAAAACAGCAAUCAGAACACGAAUCCAAACAACGAUCCAACCACAGCUCCCACUACCACAACAACAACUUCCCCUACCACAACCUCAACAACUCCCACGACAACAACUACAACUUCUCCUACAACAACCUCAACAACUCCCACUACUACAAGCACAACUUCCCCUACAACAACCUCAACAACUCCCACUACUACAACCACUACUUCCCCUACCACAACUUCAACAACUCCUACUACUACAACCACAACUUCCCCAACCACAACCUCAACAACUCCCACGACAACAACUACAACUUCUCCUACAACAACCUCAACAACUCCCACGACAACAACCACAACUUCCCCUACCACAACUUCAACAACUCCUACUACUACAACCACAACUUCCCCUACAACAACCUCCACAACUUCCACUACUACAACCACAACAAAGAAACCUCCCUGUAAUCGAGAUUCCACCAAUAGCCAAGGGAACAACAACUGUGGAAAUGGGAAUCAAAACAACAAUCAAAACAGCGAUCAAAACAGCAAUCAGAACACGAAUCCAAACAACGAUCCAACCACAGCUCCCACUACCACAACCACAACUUCCCCUACAACAACCUCAACAACUCCCACGACAACAACUACAACUUCUCCUACAACAACCUCAACAACUCCCACAACAACAACCACAACUUCCCCUACCACAACUUCAACAACUCCUACUACUACAACCACAACUUCCCCUACAACAACCUCCACAACUUCCACUACUACAACCACAACAAAGAAACCUCCCUGUAAUCGAGAUUCCACCAAUAGCCAAGGGAACAACAACUGUGGAAAUGGGAAUCAAAACAACAAUCAAAACAGCAAUCAAAACAUGAAUCCAAACAACGAUCCAACCACAGCUCCCACUACCACAACCACAACUUCCCCUACAACAACCUCCACUACUACAACCACAACAAAGAAACCUCCCUGUAAUCGAGAUUCCACCAAUAGCCAAGGGAACGACAACUGUGGAAAUGGGAAUCAAAACAACAAUUCAAACAACAACAAAAAACAAUAAACACAAGAAACCAUCAUCUUCAAAAAAAGUUAUGACCAGCACUGAAACUGGUGCAUUUGAAUAAUUUCACUCUCCAUAAGUUGUAAUAUUAAUACUGAUAAUGUUAUCAUUUCAUCUGCUAUGGCCUGAUUAUAUGGUUGUUCUAAAGAUAUGUCAUUGCUGGUGUAUCUAACUCUAUUACCUAUGUGCCUUCUCGUUGGUUUAUAUUUAGCCACUGCUUGAUUUGAUUUGUCUAGCACAAUGAAACCACUGUUGUGUGUUGCACAUAUUUAUACUGUCUAAGUGUAAAUAAAUAUGAAUAAAUAUUACUAAAUCAAAAAGUUAAUAAUAAUUAAUAAAAUACCAAAAGAUUCUCAGAUAAGCUUUGGCACAUGUUGUUUGGUUUUGUUCUAUGGUUGGUUGUUCUAUGUUUGUUCUUCCUUGUCUAUCAGGUAUUUGUAAAAUAAAAGACACAACAACUCCCUCUGAUAUUAUUAUGCCAUGUUUUGAUUAAUUUUUCAGAU